UUGUAAGCUUAAUAUACACACGAACAUACUCAAAGUUGUAUGUAUAAUCAUCAGUCCAAAACCCUGGCUAUACCUCUUUCAGCACCCAGGCCAUCUUAUUUCUAUCUCAUAUACAUAUCAUUUGUGCUUCUAUAUAUCUAUAUAUCUCUUCCUCUUCUUCUUCUUCAAGAUGGCCAGAUGGGAUGAAAUCAUGUCCCUUCCCGUGCAGAACCCUCCUAUCUUGGAGUUUUCCUCUUCUGAUCUUGUGUGGUCGAAGGUGGAGGGUUGGCGUGACAACAUAGAUAGAGUAGCUCGAAUUCCCUUUGCCAGAGUAGACAAUUUUCUGACCGGUGAAGCCUCUAGAAAAGAUUGCCCGACAAAAUUUCACCGCGAGGCAAGGAGGGUGCGCCCACCUGAGACGGCCUACAAGCCCAAAGUUGACGGAGUUCUUGAAUACAUUCUCUAUUGGUGCUCUUUUGGACCUGAUGACCAUCGAAAAGGUGGCAUUGUUAGACCUAGUAGAAAAUCGUAUGUCACCAAAAAGAAAUCUGCUGGGCGUCCGAACACUAAGAGAGGCUGUACAUGUCAUUUCAUUGUGAAGCGUUUAAUGGCUGAACCAUCAGUAGCACUCAUUAUAUAUAACCAAGACAAGCACAUUGAUAAGAAAGGUUCACCAUGCCAUGGCCCACAGGACAAAAAAGCUGCUGGAACUCGUGCAAUGUAUGCUCCUUGCAUCUCGGAAGACCUUCGGCUUCGUGUCUUGUCCCUUCUACAUGUUGGGGUCUCAGUAGAAACAAUAAUGCAGCGACACAAUGAAUGUGUGGAGAAACAAGGAGGUCCAAGUAAUCGUGAUGAUCUUUUAAAUCACAGGUUUGUUCGCAGGCAAGAGAGGAGUAUAAGACGUUCAACAUACGAACUUGAUGUGGAUGACGCAGUGAGCAUGAGCUUGUGGGUCGAAAGCCAUCAGAACCAAGUUUUCUUUUAUGAAGAUUUCUCUGUUUCUAGUCCAUUCACUUUAGGUAUUCAGACAGAGUGGCAGUUGCAACAAAUGAUUCGAUUUGGUAAUUGCCGGCUUCUUGCUUCUGAUUCUAGGUUUGGAACACACAAGUUAAAGUACCCAGUCCAUAGUCUGGUUGUAUUCAACUCAGACAACAAGGCAAUACCAGUUGCCUGGAUAAUAGCACCAAAAUUUGCAAGCACAGAUGCACACAGAUGGAUGAGGGCUCUUUACAACAGGGUUUGCACGAAAGACCCUACAUGGAGACUUGCUGGUUUCAUUGUGGAUGAUCCUUUGAUUGACGUCUCUGCGAUCAGGGAAGUGUUCCAGUGCUCUGUUUUGAUUUGCUUAUGGAGGGUACGUCAUGCAUGGCAUAAAAACUUGAUGAAGAAAUGUCCAGAAAUCGAGAUGCGUGCUGAAAUAUCAAGACUGCUGAGUCAGUCGGUGCAAAAAAUCUGCAGAGGAUCCGGAACUGUGGGGUUGUUUGAAGAUGUCAUGGAAGAUUUUGUUGAUGCCUCAGAAUUUGUAGAUUACUUCAAGGCAGUUUGGUACCCCAGGAUAGGGCUGUGGACAACUUUGCUUAAAACUCUUCCACUUGCAAGCCACGAAAGCUGUGCAGCAAUGGAGUUCUACCACAACCAACUGAAGCUAAGAUUAUAUAAUGAGAAAGAGCCUAAUGUGUAUUCCCGAGCUGACUGGUUGAUCGAUAAGCUAAAUACUAAAGUGCAUUCCUACUUCUGGCUUGACGAGUAUUCAGAGAAGGAUGACUUUGCACGUUACAGGAAGGAUGAGUGGUUGAGUGGUCUCACAGCUUGGCGCAAAUCCUUAAAUAUUCCGGACUCGUGUGUUCUUUUAGAUGGUAAAAUUGCAAAGGUUUUUGAUCAAGAAGAUCGAGAUAAGUUUCAUACUGUAUGGAACCCGGGCUCUGAGUUUGGAAUCUGUGAUUGCCAAUUGGCAGAUUUGGGCAACCUGUGUGAACAUGUACUGAAAGUUAUCAGAGUACUUUAUGAUAGAGGGCAUACUAUGUCAUCAGCUAGCAUGUCGAAGUACAGUGAGGCAUUGCUUAACCUGCUACGCUGCCCUCAUGAUUCAUUGAUCCGUGAUCAUGCUGUUUCUUUAGCAGUCUGGGUGCAGAAGCAGUUGGCUGCACAAAUAGAUCCAGAAAACAACCAGAUUAUGCUGGAUCUGCAAGCAGCUGCUGGUGAUGUGGCACAUAAUACAUUUGAGAUUAAUCAUGCACAUGAGAACAUAGUAUCUAAUAUGGAAACUGACCUUAUUGGAUCUGAUGUGUCAAACAGUAUUAUCAAUGAUUCAGGUGGAGACUUGAAUGGUCAAGUAGCUGAUGGAAGUGUUGCUAUUGAUCCUUUUGCUGCCGAUCCUGACAGAUAUAGAAUAAUUGGAAAGAAGCUUGCCAAUGAGAACAUAUUACCUAACAAUGAAAAUGGAUUGUCAGAUUGUAUUGCUGAUGAGUUUAGUGAAGAUCUGAUGAGAAUGGCAGAUGACAUUGACAUUUGUGAUCCAGAAUCCGGCAGAGUAAUAUCUCAUGCAGAGAUGGAAGUUGAUCCGACAUCCAACUGUUCUUCUGCAUCUGGAUUAAUUACCAGUAAUGGGAUUGCAUCUGAGGAUAUCUUUAUAAAUGAAGGAAAUAGAGCUGUGGGUGACAAAGGACCUGACGUAACAAAAAAUUUUCCUUCAGCAGAUGUUAUAUUGGAAAACCUAAUGGCUUAUGAAAAGGAUUUAUUGGAUAAAUAUCAAGAAGGUGUCAUGAAUGUGGUUUCACAAUGUAACAUAAUCUCCCCCACAGAACUCGAAUCACCAGCUCGAGGCGCAGCUGGUCAUCAGACUGGUUUUUGCAAUGAUCAGGCUGAGCCAUCAGUCAUUCAUCAAAUAGGAAAUGAGAAGCCUGAAGCAAAUUUGACAGAAAAAUCUCAUGGAAGUAUUAUGGAUGUGGAUUCACGAUUCAACACCAAUUCUGGCGCAGCACUCAACUCCUCGUAUCAACACAAGGUACUGCAUUAGAAUGGUUUGUGCCCAUCCCUCAGUACAUGAAAAAGGAAAUGAAGUGACAGAAGUGCCAUCCAGUUGACUUGCAUCUUGUUGAUGGUAUCAAAGCUUCAGAUCCAAUGAGAGGCUUUCAAGUGAGAACUAUUCAGCGUUUUAUAGCAAGGCUAGAUUCUCAAAUGGGGAGGGAAUGCAAGUUCUAUAUGAUCCUAACCCUCCCUCUCCCCCUACCGUCUUUUAACAAUUUGGUGCAGUCUUUUGCAAAUGAAUUUGAAGAAUGGUGAACUGUGAGCUCUGGUCAGAGCCUCAGAGGUUAUGGUGUUUAGCAGUCUCAGCAGACAAAAGCCCGUCGCUGAGCUGAAAUUCAUGGAAACUGGUACCUCCGGAAAUACUAUGUUCACUUGUCUUUAUCAUUAAAUUGAAUUCGAAAGGGUCACACAGACAUAUUCAAAACUUAAGAUGUCAGAAUCACACAAGUUGACGUGAGGGGGUUGGCAGAAAUGUUACCAGUUCUGUUUUGUCUCGUUUCUUGGAAAAUUGAUAUAUAUGUUUGAUGAAUGUGUACAUCCGAUUCAUGUUUUAAAUAUAGCCAUGAACAUACCACAUACCAAGUGAUUUCAUUGUGUCCUAAAUAUAUAUGUAGUGUACCCUUUGGCUGA